AUGUUUAAUGAGGGCAGAGUCUCCAAGUGGGAAGAUGUGAAAGUUCUGGACACAGAUGGUGACAGUGGAGGCACAAUGAUGCAGCCCCGGCUACUCGCAAAACCCGGAGCCCGGAGUCCGGAGAGCGGGCCGGACCCUGCUGGGCGCCCGCGACCCGGUCCGGAGCCGCGGGAGCCCGAGCCCCGGGACCGCUUCGGCUCCCGGGAGCGGCAGCAGGCGGAUCCCGCCCACGGUCCCGGGAGCGGCAGCCGGCGGGCGGGCGCCAUGCAGCGGGACGGCGGCCAGGCUGCGGUGCCCGCAGAGCUCCUCUUCCUGCCUCCCAGCUGCGCGGGUGACCCGUGCCCCGGGAGCUCCGUGAUCCGGACCCACAGCCAUGACCUGGCCUCUCUGCCCAUGCAGCUCACCAUGCCGGCCCAGCCGGGGGGCACGAAGGAGCAGGACACAGAGGAGCCAAAGAAACGGAAAGGGGGGUGGCCCAAAGGCAAGAAAAGGAAGCCCCCGAAGGACCUGUCUGUGCCCCGUGCACCCACAACAGGGUACGUGAUUUUCCUGAAUGAGCAAAGAAGCCAGCUGCGGGCCAAAUAUCCCGACCUGCCUUUCACGGAAAUAACAAAAAUACUGGCUGCCCAGUGGGCGCAGCUGUCUCAGGAGAGAAAGCAAAGGUACAUUUACGAGGCCGAUGAGGACAAGCAGCGCUACAUCCGCGAGCUGCAGGCCUACCAGAGCUCCGAGGCCUACCGGGCCUUCCUUCGGAGGCGGGCAGCCCACAGGGCUCUGUGCGGACCAGGGGCCCCAGGAGGCGAACUUGGGCGUGAGGACCUUGACUUCUCAGCCAUCGAUGGCACAGAGGAUGGGGACCUGCACUGCCGUACCUGCCACCAGUGCUUCAGCUCGCGGCACAACAAGAGGGAGCACCUGCUAGGCAGGCAGCACCUGCACAACCUCACAGGGGAAUUCAAGAAAGACUCUGCCGAGUACUUGAGGCACCUGGAACCUCCAGAGGAAGAGGAAGGUCGGAAUUUGCACAAACCCGAGUCGGAGGAGGAAGCCGAGGGCCCCAGUGUGAUUGAGCUUGGGGCUCUGGCUCCAGGGGAGAGCUUUGCUUCCCUCGACCUGUGCUUCUGGCAAGAGUUUAUCUGGAAACUGCUGAAAAUGAAGGAAUUUGAGCUGGGGGAGCUGCGGAGCACUCUGGAGAGAGCCCAGGUGGAGCAGGAGGCCCUGCAGAGGCAGCUGGCGGAGUUCCAGAGCCAGCAGCAGCGGCUGGAGGUGGAGCUGGCCAGCCUGCGGACAUGCGGCCUGGUGCUGGAGAAGGAGCUGGAGAACCUCAACAUGCUGCUGCUGCUGUCCUGCUUCGGCCUGCAGAUGGCGGACACAGCAUGAAGCUCAGCCCCAUCAAGGCACCCCCAGGCUGUCACCCAGGCACCUGAGAUGGCAGAGGGACAUUCAGACACAGUGGGAAAUAAACCGUGUGUGCGCGUGUGUGAGCAGCAGACUUCGCCUGUGUCCUGUGUCUGUCCCAGAGAGUCUCCCGGUAACCAUGAGUCCCCAGUUUGACCAAAGAGCUGGGCAGAACACUGCCUGUCCACAGCGGACUCCCUCAGAGGACCUGGGCCAAGCAGCCAUGGGGAACCGGGACCACCUCUGGCCUUGGCCCCUGGGACCCUGAACUUGAACCCAGACCUUCCUCUUGGGAUCCAUCUCAGAAACCCGGGGGACGCUUUGCUUUUCUCCACCCGAUUAUAAGACAAUUGCUGCUUCUCAUGGGCUUCUCACGUGUCCCGGUGGGGUCCUCCAGAACCGACCUUGACAGCAGGAUCUGCAGGCAAAUGGGUUCUUCAGGAGGUGACUCCAGGGAGGAAGAGGGGGAAGGACAACCACACAGGAUGUGGAGGAGCCAGCGCCAGUGUGGGGGCUGAUGGCGAGGGGCGGGGUUUUUACUGCCCCCCCACCGGCUCCCUGUGGUCUCUGUUGGGAUGAGGGUCCCCCCCCUUCUACUUCCAGCCUGUGGUGCUGCAGGCAAAGUGGGCUCAGGCCAGGAUGGCCCCAGGCCAGGCAGAUGCAGCGACUGUGUGCGGGGCAGAUCGGGGGUCUGGCCAGGGUGCCCAGGGAGUCAGCACAAGGUGGGAACACAGCAGCUUCUGCUAGAGACUGCCAUGGCACUUUGAACUGUAAAUGGACAUACAACUAUGAGAUGUGGUGGAGGUCAGGUGGUCCUGCACAGCACAGAGGUGUAGGCAGCAGGGUGUGGGGACAGCCCCCUCCAGCAGAGGCCUUGUCACAGCGCAUCACCACAUGAGGCAAAGUCCAGGGGUGAGCAGCGAGGGCCAGGUGCCUGCUGCCUUUCUCCAGCACAUGGUGGUGUUUUUACGACCACUGGCCCUAGCGUGGCUGCCUGACCUCCACCAUCACUUCUGUGCUUCAGCAGGAAGGAGGCAAAGGGAACAGAAAAAGGCUGCUCUACCUUCUUGUAAGGAGCUUCCAGAAGGCACCAACCAGCACCCUCCAUUGCAUCUCAAGGACCAAGAUGGUGUCACUUUAGCCACUCCCAGCUGCAAGGGAGGCUGGGAGAUGUAGUUUUAGCUGAAAUUGUGCCUAUCAUGAGCAAAAUUAGGGUUGCGUGAGGGAUGAAGGGAACAGAAAUGCAUAGGGAGGGCAGAGAGCAGGGUCACACAAAGUCUGCAUUGCAUCGAGAGCUUUCCUCAGGUCACGUCAUGCACGUGACACCCCAGCCCUGCACAGAUGGCUAGAGGGCCCCCAUCCUUGGUCAAGCCUCGGCAGAGGGCUGGCUUUCCUCUCUGUCGUGACUGGGACUGACUGAAAGGCUGCCUCUCUGCUCCAGCCAUGGGGCCUCAGGAGGAGGAGAAGGGGCGUCUUUCAUUUCAGGGCCAGCUCCUUCCCUGUGCUGGACGUGCUCCCACCGCCCCUGGACUGGGUGCUCCCCCAGAGCCACCCUUGGACCUGCCCGCCCAGUCAGCCUUGACGGGUUCCCAAGAACACACAGGUUGUCGACACAUUAUGGACAGCUAAGUUAGUUAAAAUAUUAUAGGCAGUCAGACAAGCCUGGGCGCUCCAUAGUCAGCGCUGAAGAUAAGGGCAUUUACAGCCACAUACCUCCCCUCGGGGUGAGCAGUGGUGAUUCAUACCUAAACAGGCACCAAUCACCUUGGAUGGGGGACUAAAACCUCCCUGGCCCAUUCCUUCCCAGGGAAUCCUUAUUUGUUCCAUGUACGCUUGCUACGUGACUUGCCUCCCCAUUUAAUCAAUAUUACCUAAGCGACUAUACUCGUAAUCUUAUUGGUUGACCAUAGUUUUGUCCCACCUCAUACCGACCUUGGGAUUUUCCAUUGGAUCAAUAAAGCCUAAGUGACUAUA